ACGAACACUGACGACUUUAUAGCCCACCACAGUCAUGAGCUGGUUCUUCAAUACCGAGUGAAAGUGAUGGGAAGAACUACCGCACGCUGUAUGUUUGCUAUUAGGAAUAAAUAGAGGCCUGGUACAUCAGAAUGAUGCCUUUUUUUCUUUUUACGCUGAGGCAAACUGAAGACGAGCCGCUGUAAUCAUUUGCUGCAGAAUUGUUUGGGCGCAGCGUUGCUUUCCUCUUUAAGGCGCUCCUGUCUUAUGGCAGUAAAUCAGAUUAGCAGUAGAAAAUGAAGUUCCUUCUUUUUACUUGGAAUCAAAGAAUGAGGUCUCUCCUCUUCACUUUCUGUUGCUUCUCAGACUGCUGUGCUGGCUUUCGACUUGAUGAACCAUAAGGGAGCCAAUGACCUCAACCAUCUUGCCUCUAAACUCUUCCACCUGAUUCUGGGACAUUGUUUUCCAAAUCCAGUUAUUUGCUCAACAAUGGUCUGCAGUUGUACGUUUCUUGAGAACUUCUCUUCACUACAGAUUUUCCUUCCACUCAAUGUUGUGGUUAUAUAUUUCGUUGUGAGUCUGGACGCCCCAGAGGUUCUGGAGGCGAGCGGCCAUGUUGGAGGAAACGUCUCCAUCCACUGCUUCAGUAGCUGGUCUCCAGUCAACGUUUCUGAGCUCCACAGCGCGCAUUUCUGCAAAGGCGUCUGCUCCGGCGAAAACGCCAUCAUUCAGAUGGAGAUGACGAGCUCUGCCGUGACAUGGGACGGGAGAUACAGCAUGGAGUCCAAUGGAGGAGACGGCGGGGCCUUCACUGUCACAAUAAACCGGCUGAGGGCAGCCGAUGCUGGGAGCUACCUCUGUGGAAUGGCAAGAACCUUGAACGUCACGUACCAGGAAGUUAGACUAAAAGUUGUAGAUGCUUUCACUGUUCCAGCUGGAUCCUCUCUAACUCCGAGUACCGUCCUGCAGACGGGGCUACUCUCUCCCAGAGGUGGCUUUCCGUCAAGCAGCGGCGCAUCCGACGUACCAAUCACGCUGCCACCUUCAGGGAGGAAGAGAACACAGAAAGAAGCAAACAACGUCACAGACAAAAUGGUUGUCAUAAUCGUCUCUGGUAGCCUGGCUUUUCUGGUUUGUGCCAUUAUUCCUCUGAUAUUCUACAAACACUGGCGGAACAUGGGCGGUGAGAACAGACUGUCGGCGAGCAAAAACGAGGACGACUGCUGUCAGGAAAACGUAGAUGCUGCCUGCACUCAGGUCGCGGUUGGGGUUCAGACUUCAGAAGAAGACGAUCAUCCAGGAUCUGGUGCAGACGAUGGCCUCCGGUAUGCGGCUGCGUACGAGGGGCUGGAUCCCAGAAGCCUCGAUUGAGCAGGAAUUACUCUUUCUGUGCAGCUUUUUAUUUCAAAAACCGCUCUCUGUAUUUUCAGCAAAAAUAAUAAACAUCUCUUUGAAUAUUUGUGUUCCAUAUAAAGUUUUAGAUUUUGGAGAGUGACAACUGGGGCAAACAAAAUAUCGAGAUCUACACAAAGAGGCAUGUUAUUCAGUAUUGACAUGGCAAUAAGCACCGCAAUUAAAAGUUGACAAAAAGACCAGCAGAGGGCGCCACACAAGAGUUGCAUAACUUAACAUGUCUGCUUUAGAAUAAGAGUAUUUAAAAAUGUUGUUCAGCGAUUCUUUCAGUUUCAUAAGGUUUAUGAGGCUUAGAGCUAAAUAAAGUGAGCUAUUUGACAA